AGCCGCUGUAUUGCCGAAUCAGUCAAAAACAGUUCCGCUUCCACUACACGUGACUAUUACAAUUCGUGAAUCCGUGAAUGGUGUUAAAAUAAUCAAAACAACGAAUAACAUUUAAAAAAUAAGCUCAAAGUUGUUUUUCAUCAUGGAUCAGAUUCACAUGGGGCCUGUUAAAUUUCAUUUAAACAAUGCUAAAGAAAUGAUUAAGCAUUUACCACGUGGUAAACAAUGGUUUUGUGGGGGUAUCCGAUCUGCUGCUAUUGCUGCUGAGUUAUUGAAGGCAGGAAAAAUUAUUGCUUUACCCACAGAUACUAUUUAUGGUAUAGCUGGUCUGGCGCAAAAUGAAGAAUCUAUAUCCAAAUUAUAUGAAAUCAAACAGAGAGAUUCCAACAAGCCUUUAGCUAUAUGUUUAUCGGAACCAGAUGAAAUUGUUAAUUGGGCACACACACAAGACUUACCAGAAGGUCUAAUUAAUGCAUUAUUACCAGGACCUACUACUCUAAUAUUAAAAAAAAAAGACAGUCUAAAAGAAUAUUUAAAUCCUGGAAUUACUAACAUUGGUGUAAGGGUACCAAAGCACAAAUUUGUGACAGAUGUUGUGAAAUUUUUAAGAGAGCCAAUAGCUUUAACUAGUGCAAAUGUUAGCAAUGCUAGAAGUACGCUUCACCCUACAGAAUUUGAAGAAUUAUGGCCAAAGUUAGAUGGUAUAUUUUUUGAAAAAAUGGAAAAUAAAUCAUACAGCAAUUCGUGGAGGAGGGGUUCAACAAUAGUAGACCUAUCGAUUGCAGGAGAAUUUCGCAUAGUCAGAAGGGGUAUAAGCUGUGAUAAAACAAUAAGAACUUUGAAACGAUUUAAUUUGAAUCAUAUAAAAAAUGUAAAAAAAGAAGAACCAGAAAAAGAAGAUGAUGCUGAACUGAAAGAAGAAAAAUCUGAAUCUAAUGAUGAAAAAGCUGAACUGAAAGCUCAGCUAUAGAUAAUGUUUUGA